AUGGCACAAGAGCACCCCGCCACCGGCGCUGCCGGCGAGAACGGAGUCACCAAGGACUACACUGUCAAGACUGGGCUGGCGCAGAUGUUGAAGGGCGGUGUUAUUAUGGACGUUAUCAAUGCCGAACAGGCAAGAAUUGCUGAAGAAGCUGGCGCUUCGGCUGUUAUGGCCCUUGAGCGUGUUCCAGCCGAUAUUCGAGCGGAGGGAGGUGUUUCCCGCAUGUCUGACCCCGGGAUGAUCAAGGAUAUUAUGGCCGCGGUCACAAUUCCAGUCAUGGCCAAGGCCCGGAUAGGACAUUUCGUUGAAUGCCAGAUUCUCGAAGCCGUUGGCGUCGACUACAUCGAUGAGUCCGAAGUCCUCACCCCAGCCGACCACGUCUACCAUGUCACCAAACACUCUUUCAAUGUUCCAUUUGUAUGCGGAUGCCGAAACCUCGGCGAAGCUCUCCGCCGUAUCUCCGAAGGUGCUGCUAUGAUCCGUACCAAGGGAGAGGCGGGAACUGGUGAUGUCGUUGAAGCAGUGAAGCACAUGCGUCAAGUAAACACUGAAAUCGCGCGUGCCAGGUCCAUCCUGCAGUCCGCCCAAGAUCCCGAGAUUGAGCUCCGCGCAUUUGCCCGUGAGCUAGGAGCCCCUUACGAAUUGUUGCGCGAAACCGCUGAGAAGGGAAGGCUGCCUGUUGUCAACUUCGCCGCCGGUGGUGUUGCCACCCCUGCUGACGCUGCCCUCAUGAUGCAGCUGGGCUGUGACGGUGUUUUCGUCGGUUCUGGAAUCUUCAAGUCUGGUGACCCACGCAAGAGGGCCAAGGCCAUUGUCCAGGCCGUCACCCACUUCAAGGAUGCUAAGAUGCUGGCUGAACUGAGCCAGGGGCUUGGUGAGGCUAUGGUCGGUAUUAGCGUACGAGACAUGAGCGAGAAGGAUAAGCUGUCCGGACGCGGCUACUAA